GUGGCGGUGGCCUCCGCCGUAGCGCCCUACGACGACGACAUGGAUGACGAGUGGGCAGACGACGCACGUCGGGCUGGUGCUGCUGCUGGAGCCGACGGGCGCGCUGCGGCGCGGCGGUCGUCGGAGGGGGUGGCGGUCGCGGAGCCCAAGGUCGUGCAGACGGGAGCGGUGCCUGGUGGCGGCGCGGGCGUCGUGACGGCCGAGGUGUCGGCGCUCCUGGGGAGGCUGGGCGUCGGCGCUGGGGACCCGGGGGGCCUCCUGGCGGCGCUGGGCGCCAUCCCCUCGCUCUCGGAGGGCGACAAGGCG